AUGAAGGUCGAGCUGUGCAGUUUCAGCGGGUACAAGAUCUACCCCGGGCAAGGGAGGCGCUACCCUAGGACCGACGGGAAGCUGCCGCCCGCCGGCUCGCCGCCGGUGCAGCCGCGAUGCCGGGGAGCCCGACCCCAGCCCCAGCCCGAGGUGCGCCGCACAAUUAGCCCCCGUGCGUGCGCUGCCGCCAACGCCGCGCCCGGGACGCAGCGAUGGGCAACACGGUGCACAGGACCCUUCCAGCAAAAGAAGAGGGAUCUCAGAGACGAGUCCAGCCCACCAGCGCGCCUCCUGGCCACCAGGCCGUGCUGUGGCCCCGGCCCCGAGCGGCGCCCGGUCCUGGGGGAGGCACCUCGCUUCCAUGCACAGGCCAAGGGCAAGAACGUGCGACUGGACGGCCACUCACGCCGGGCCACGCGGCGCAACAGCUUCUGCAACGGCGUCACGUUCACGCAGAGGCCCAUCCGGCUGUACGAGCAGGUGCGGCUGCGCCUGGUGGCCGUGCGCCCAGGCUGGAGCGGCGCGCUGCGCUUUGGUUUCACGGCACACGACCCGUCGCUCAUGAGCGCCCACGACAUCCCCAAGUAUGCCUGCCCGGACCUGGUGACGCGGCCGGGCUACUGGGCCAAGGCGCUGCCCGAGAACCUGGCGCUGCGCGACACGGUGCUGGCCUACUGGGCGGACCGCCACGGCCGCGUCUUCUACAGCGUCAACGACGGCGAGCCGGUGCUCUUCCACUGCGGUGUGGCCGUGGGCGGCCCGCUCUGGGCGCUCAUCGACGUCUACGGCAUCACGGACGAGGUGCAGCUGCUCGAGAGCGCCUACGCCGACACGCUCACUCCCGCGCGCCUGAGCCAGGCCCGCUUCAGCGCCUGCCUGCCGCCCAGCAGCCACGACGCGGCCAACUUCGACAAUAACGAGCUGGAAAACAACCAGGUGGUGGCCAAGCUGGGACACCUGGGACCCGACGUGAGCCUGUCCGCCGACCGCAAGCUGGCCUGCGCGCCGCGGCCCGACGGCGGCCGCACGCUGGUCUUCUCCGAGCGCCCGCUGCGACCCGGUGAAAGCCUCUUCGUGGAAGUGGGCCGCCCGGGGCUGGCAGCACCCGGCGCGCUGGCUUUCGGCAUCACGUCGUGCGACCCGGGCACCCUGAGGCCCGCCGAGCUGCCGGCAGACCCUGACGCACUGCUCGACCGCAAGGAAUACUGGGUGGUGGCGCGUGCCGGGCCCGUGCCCAGCGGCGGCGACGCGCUUAGCUUCACGCUGCAGCCGGGCGGCGACGUGCUCCUGGGCGUGAACGGGCGCCCGCGCGGACGCCUGCUGUGUGUGGACACCACGCAGGCGCUCUGGGCCUUCUUCGCUGUGCGGGGCGGUGUCACCGGCCAGCUGCGUCUCCUCGGCACCCUGCAGUCCAGUCCUGCGACCACAUCUCCAUCAGGAUCCCUCAGCGGCUCUCAGGAUGAUAGUGAUUCCGACAUGGCCUUCAGUGUGAACCAGUCCUCCUCGGCAUCUGAGUCAUCCCUGGUGACAGCCCCCAGCUCCCCGCUGAGCCCCCCAGUGUCUCCGGCAUUCUCCCCUCCGGAGUUGGCAGGCAGCAAGAAUGGCGAGUGUACAGUCUGCUUUGACGGUGAUGUGGACACAGUCAUCUACACGUGUGGACACAUGUGCCUGUGCCACAGUUGUGGCCUGCGGCUCAAGAGACAGGCCCGGGCCUGCUGUCCUAUCUGCCGGCGGCCCAUCAAGGACGUCAUUAAGAUUUACAGGCCAUAG